GAAGAAGAGGAAGAAGAGGAAGAAGGUGAUGCUGAUGCUGAUAGUGAUGAUGAUGAUGAUGAUGAUGAUAGAGACGAAGAUGAAGACCAAGAAGAGAAGGCCAAAAAAAUAGAAGAUGCAAGUCCUGAAAAGGAACAAGCCCCUUCAGCUGAUCAGGUAAAAGGAAAAUUACAGCCGACUAACAAGGGCAAAAAGGAUAUAACAACUUACGGCGUAACGAAGGAGAAAACCCCAAAAAUUAACAAUGGGUACUUUAGUGGAAAAGAUGCCAAAAGAGACGAGCAGCCUCCAAAAUUUAAGGUAGAGGAUGUGCAAUACGUUUCCCACGACUUAAGCUAUGAAGGUGACAGUCUCCUAAGCGAGAUUCAAGUCUGUCAAGUUCGAACAAACUCUGGAAAGCCUAUCUGGGUUCCAAUGGAUGACUAUAUACAGCUUAAAGAUAAGUAUGUUAAGCAGCAGUCUGAGAAGGAGGAUGAAUGGGACGAUGGAAUUGUAAAUGAGGAAGAUAUGAAUCGGCAGAACGCAGACGUCGGAAGAUAUAUAUGA